GAGAUCCCCUGUUUCACUCCCCUCCUUUUUCAACAGACAAUCCUCGCACUCCGUGUUGCAUGAUAUCGAUUGUUUCCCGGUCACGUCGAUUUCCUCCACGCUUCGCCAUGGUUAGCCCGGCACUGAAGCGGAACUCGGACCACCUCUCAGCCCCAGCGGCAAACAGCAAAAAGCCCAAAGGCGCCAGUAUCACGUCCUUCUUUGGACCACCCAAGCCAAAGGCCACCAGUACCACUCUGACAACGGCUUCAACUCCGGCCCGGUCAACUUCUUUUAACAAGGACAAAUGGGUGGCGUCUCUCACGGCGGAGCAGAAGGAGCUGCUCCGGCUGGAGAUCGAUACUUUGGACGACAGCUGGCUUGCUUAUCUCAAGGAUGAGGUGGUUAGUACUGAGUUCUUGAACCUCAAGCGCUUCCUCAAGAAAGAAAAAGAUUCCAAAGCCAAGAUCUUUCCUCCGGAAGAGGAUGUCUAUUCUUGGUCCCGACACACGCCCUUGCACACAGUCAAAGUAGUCGUGAUUGGCCAGGACCCGUAUCACAAUGAUAAUCAAGCUCAUGGCUUGGCGUUCUCUGUGCGACCUCCGACUCGAGCUCCGCCAUCGCUGGUCAACAUCUACAGAGGAAUCAAGAAGGACUACCCAGACUUUCAGAUACCGCCGAAUAAUGCUGGUCUUCUCACUCCGUGGGCCGAUCGGGGUGUUCUGAUGCUCAAUACCUGCCUCACGGUCCGUGCCCAUCAGCCGAAUAGCCACUCCAAUAAGGGAUGGGAGAAAUUCACUCAGAAGGCAAUCGAUCUGGUUGCUCGGGUGCGAACAAACGGAGUGGUGUUCCUGGCAUGGGGCAACCCCGCUGGAAUGCGAGUGGCAAAAAUCAACAGAGAGAAGCAUUGCGUCCUGCAAUCAGUGCAUCCCAGUCCACUGAGUGCGCAUAGAGGAUUCUUUGAGAACGGGCAUUUCAAGAAAUGCAACGAUUGGCUGGCAUCGCGGUAUGGAGAGGACGGAAUCAUUGACUGGAGUCUAAUGUCAACUCGGAAGCCCAUGCCCACUCUACCCUCAAAUAAGGAGAACUCGCCUACAUUAGCCAAUGUCGCGUCGUCACCGACAACUAAGGCUGUGGACCUAUGUCCAGGGAGUGAAGAUCCAGCGGUUCGUCCUCUGGAAGAUGAAUUUGAUGACGCAGAUGCUCUUGAAGCUCUUCUGGAGGCGGAGAAGGGAAAGCCUUCGAACGCCACUUAA